AUGAGCGACUAUGUUUGGGUUUGGAUAAUGGACGGGGACUACAGAGAUGCUGUUAAAUUGGUCAUUGAGUUCAAAGAGAGUGGGCUGAAACCUGAAGUAUAUAGUUAUCUUAUUGGAUUGACUGCCUUGGUUAAAGAGCAAAAGGAAUUCUCAAAGGCAUUGCGUAAGUUGAAUCUGUCAGUGAAGGAUGGCUCAAUUGCCAAACUGGAUGCUGAGAGCAUGCGCAACAUCGAGAAUUAUCAAUCCAAAUUAUUAGGGGAUGGUGUUCUUUUAUCAAAUUGGGCACUUCAGGAAGGCAGCAGUGAGGUUCUAGGACUUGUGCACGAGAGGCUCCUUUCAUUGUACACUUGCGCUGGUUGUGGCUUAGAAGCUGAGCGCCAACUUUGGGAAUUGAAGCUUGUUGGUAGGGAACCUGAUACACAGCUCUAUGAUGUUGUCUUGGCCAUUUGUGCUUCUCAAGGGGAAGCUGCUGCUGUUAGACGAUUGCUUGCAGGAGUCGAGUCAACCAGUGCAGGAAGAAGGAAGAAGUCUAUGUCAUGGCUCCUGCGAGGCUACCUUAAAGGUGGUUUCUAUCUGGAUGCCUCGGAAACACUUUUGCGGAUGCUUGAUAUGGGCGUAUCUCCUGAUUACCUGGACAGAGCGGCUGUACUGACUGCACUGCAGAGAAACAUACAGGAAUCCGGCAACCUAGAAUCAUACAUGAAACUCUGCAAGCGCCUAUCUGAGACAGAUCUGAUCGCACCGUGCGUCCUAUAUCUGUAUGUACGGAAAUUCAAGCUGUGGAUGAUGCGCAUGCUGUGA